AUGCUUUGCAAAAAGUCGUCUGGGAAGUUUUGUUGUGAAAAGACUCAGAAGCACAGAAUGGGUUUCCAUACCUUAUCGACGAAAGCUCCAAAGAGUGUAGGUAAACUGUGCCCAAGAAAUAGCCGACUUGACUCGAGGAGCUUUCAGGCCAAAGAUCCCGGGCUGGUUUCGCUUGUGUUUGAAAUUGACAAUGCAAAACAGAAGCUGUGCAUUCCCAAGCACUUAAAGAGGAAAGAAUGGUGUAUUUCCUUGGAUAAAACAAGGUUUUGUGAAAUAUUGCUAAAUAUACUCACUGGCCAGCCGAGCAGUGGGAAUGGAAAAUCUCCACGGCUUGACUUACCUUUUGAGCAAGCGCAAAAUUCCGGCAAUUUGGCUGACAAUUCCUGCUGUUUAUUUGACAUUCGAGCAGAUUCUCCAAGCUCAGCCUCAGAUUUAAAUAAUGAUAAGGCUGAACAACCAAGUAAGAAAUUAAGAAGCAAUUCUGGACAGGCAACAAGUGCAUCGAGUGAGUAUGGCAGCGAUUCUGGAGGGACGUUAUUCACAAAGGAUGAUGCCAAUUUUAUUUUUGAUAUGCAGCAGGAUGGGCUGAAUCCAUUACACACCAAUUAUUCC